ACCCCAUGGACCCGGUGAAGUCCAACGCCGCCGCGUACCUGCAGCACCUCUGCUACGAGAACGACACGGUCAAGCAAGACGUCAGGCAGCUGCAUGGGAUCCCCGUCCUGGUGGGGCUCCUGGAUCAUCCCAAAGCCGAGGUCCACCGCAAGGCCUGCGGCGCACUGAGGAACAUCUCCUUUGGCCGGGACAACUUCAGCAAGGUGGCCAUCAAGAACUCGGACGGCAUUCCUGCGCUGCUGAGGCUCCUGAGGAGAUCCGACGACAUGGAAGUCCGAGAGCUCGUCACAGGAACACUGUGGAAUAUCUCCUCCCAUGAGCCUCUGAAGAUGAUCGUCAUCAACCACGGCCUGCAGACGCUGAUCGACGAGAUCAUUAUCCCUCACUCGGGUUUGAGAGGAGACCCGAACGACCCGGCCCGACCCGGAGCCCCAGAGUGGAACACGGUCUUCAAGAACACUUCAGGAUGCCUGAG